AUGGCGGCCGCGCCGAGUCUCGCACCGGCUCAGCCGGCCGGCGGCGGCGGCCCAGGUGGCAGCAAGGCCCAGCGCCAAAGCAGGACACGGCGGCCCGACCAGGCAACCGGUGGAAACAGUUGUGCUGCCCAGGGAACAUUCACAAUACUGUCGGGAGCAUCUUUCAGUCCUUAUUUGAAAGAGAAAUCAUCAACAGCCUUCAAAGCUCUUGCCUUUGAUGUUCAGCAAAUGGUAGAUGAUAUAUUUCAAGCAAGUACACUUCACAAUGAAUAUAAGAACUGUAAAGUUUCCCAGUUUAGAAAUGGCAGUAUCAUUGUACUGUUCAACCUUUUCUUUUCACAAUGGGUAUCAAAUGGAAAAAUAAGGAAUGAACUGGCUUUUGGCAUUGAAGGAAAUAAAAGUGACUUUUUGCAGACAUUCAACAUUGAUGUGAACAGCGUAGAAAUAAUAGAUAUGGGAGAAUCUACCACAAGCAAUCCUUUCACAACACCUGAUUUUAGAACAUUUAGUAUCAGCAGUUCUUCACUAUCAACAGUGAAAUGUUUGUUUCCUGAUGGACUUUGUGCUGAUGGUGUGAGCUGCAUAAAACAGGAAUUAUUUUGUGACGGAAAACCAAACUGUCCAGAUCGUUCUGAUGAAGAUGAAAAAACAUGUGCUACAUCUUGUGAUGGAAAAUUUAUUCUGAAUGGCUCCUCUGGGUCUUUCCACUCUAUUCAUUAUCCUGAACCCUAUAUUUCAAACCUCUUUUGCCGAUGGAUUAUACAGGUAAAUCCUGAGCUGUCUAUUAAAUUAAACUUCAGUGCUUUUGAUACACAGAAUUAUGUGGACACGUUAAGUAUUUAUGAAGGUGUAGGUCUUACAAAGAUUUUAAGAGCUGUCCUCUGGGGCUCUAAUCCUGGUACAAUUUAUAUAUUUUCUAAUAAAGCCACAGUAGAAUUUGCUACAGAUUAUUCUGAAAAUUACAAUGGCUUUAAUGCAAUCUACACUGCAUUUAAUACCAGUGAACUAACUAAUAGCCAGAAAAUUAAUUGUACUUUUGAAGAUGGCUUUUGUUACUGGAUUCAGGAUUUAGCUGAUGAUGAUGAAUGGGUACGAAUUAAUGGUCCCACUUUUCCCAUUACAUCUGGUCCUGAUUUUGAUCACACAUUUGGCAAUAUUUCAGGCCAUUAUAUUUCCACACCUACAUUGCUUGGCGGCAUACCAGUGAAAGUUCGACUUUUCAGUUUACCAUUAAUCCCUAGCUCAGAUGCAUUCUGCCUAAAUUUCUGGUAUCACAUGUACGGUGUUCAUGUGUAUCAUCUGGAUGUUAAAAUCAUAUAUGAUAAUAGCAGUGAAAAGACAAUUUUCAAAAAAGAAGGAAAUUAUGGAAACAACUGGAACUAUGGACAAGCCACAUUAAAUGAAACAUCCAAUUUCAAAGUUGCUUUUGAUGCUUUUAAAAGGCCAGGAUGGGAUAACAUUGCCAUUGAUGAUAUAGGACUAACAAAUGGAGGCUGCAAAGAAAGUCUUUAUCCAGAACCUACUUUGGUUCCUACAAUCCCUACAACCCCUCAGCUACCAACUGAAUGCGGAGGACCAUUCGAUUUGUGGGAACCAAACACCACAUUUAGCUCAAUGAACUAUCCAAACAACUACCCCAACCAAGCUUCUUGCAUAUGGUAUUUAAAUGCAGAAGAAGGAAAAAAUAUUCAACUUCAUUUCCAGUAUCUUGAUCUGGAAAAUAUUUAUGAUGUUGUAGAAAUGAGAGAUGGCAGAGGACCGGAUUCUUUAUUUUUGGCUGUAUAUACUGGAAAAUCUCCAGUGCCAGAUAUAUUCUCUACCACUCACCAGAUGACAGUGCUCUUCAUUACAAACAAAUCUGGAACUAAACAAGGAUUUAUGGCCAAUUUUACUACAGGAUACCAUCUGGGUAUGCCAGAUCCAUGUGAAGCGGAUUAUUAUCAGUGUGGUAAUGGAGAAUGCAUACCAAAGGCUCAUGUUUGUGACCAAGUUCAGCACUGUAAAGAUAAUUCUGAUGAAGCUAACUGUGUGCGCUUAGUCAAUGGGUCUCUCAGCUUAAAUGGGUUACUCCAGCUCAAGGCCGAGAAUAAAUGGUACACAGCUUGUGGAGAUAACUGGACUGAACAACUGUCACACAGUAUCUGUCAUUGGCUGGGACUAGGCAGUGUGAAUAGAUCAUCUACUAUCUUGUUUGAUGGAUAUGGCCCUUUUGUAGAAGUUUCAAAAGCAAUCAACAACAGUUUAAUCUUAACACCACAGGCACAAUGUCUCAAUAAUUUGGUGAUUUAUCUGCAAUGCAACAAUAAACAAUGUGGAGAAAGAUUAAUCACUCAGAAACACUCAACAAAAAUUGUUGGUGGCUUUGAUGCUCAAGGAGGUGCUUGGCCUUGGAUUGUCUCAUUAGAUUUCAAUGCCAGACCAUCUUGUGGAGGAUCUCUUGUCAGCAAUGAAUGGCUGGUCUCUGCUGCACACUGUGUAUAUGGGAGGAAUAUGAAACCUUCUCAGUGGAAAGCAGUGCUUGGCAUGCAUAACAAUCUGAACCUGUCAAGUCCUCAAACAGUCAUCCGAGAGAUUGAUCAAAUUAUCAUAAAUCCCCAUUACAAUAAGCAAACAAAAGACAGUGACAUCGCUUUGCUGCAUCUCCAAUUCACUGUGAAUUACACAGAUUACAUCCAACCCAUUUGCUUCCCAGAAAAAAACAGAUCAUUUUUGCCAGGAACACACUGUUUUAUUGCUGGCUGGGGAGAAACCACACAUCAUGCAGGCUCGGUUGCAAAUAUAUUACAAGAAGCAGAAGUCCCUCUUAUAGCACGUAAGAAAUGUCAGCAACUGAUGCCAGAGUACGAUAUCACUGAAAAUAUGCUGUGUGCUGGAUAUGAUGAAGGAGGAAUUGAUUCUUGUAAGGGAGAUUCUGGUGGGCCACUAAUGUGUCAAGAAAAUGAAAGGUGGUUGCUGGCUGGCGUGACAUCCUUUGGGUAUCAAUGUGCACUGCCACAUCGUCCUGGCGUCUAUGUGAAUGUUUCAAAAUUUGUUGACUGGAUAAAAAGGAUCAUUCAUUAGAUGCAUCUUCCUUCCCCUGCUGAGAGCAACACGGGAAAACAUUGAAGUUUUAAGGGCAAGGAUGCAUGUGAGGGUUAAUAUACUUUAUUUCUUGGAGGGAUCUGGCAAACAUCAGAUACUUCAGAAUAAGUUAGAGUUGAUCUCUGAUGGGAAUUCAGUUGGAGCCCUAUUAGAUGUUAUAAGAGACGGAGCUUGGAAUAGUUACUUUUUGAACUACUGCUCCCAGAAUUAUUCACUGGGGAAUUUUAGCAGAUGCAAACUAAAAAAAAAAAUCACAUUUCCAUUAUCUGGAAAAAUGUGGCUGAGUAGUACUAAACUUCUGACUAGGAUAAUUUCACUAAGCUGAAAUGUAGAAGAAAAAAGUGUUCACAACAUAGUCCUAUUUUUUUAA